AUGCUGGAGAAAGAGGCUCCCAGCGCCGCGGCGACGCUCAAGGCCGAAGAGCCCGAGGCCGCCGCAGCCGCCGCAGCCGGCCGUGCCAGCACGAAGCCAAGGGCCAAGCAGACGGCCGCCGCGCCCAGCCGUUCUCGCAAGCCGGCAGCCAAGAACCGCGUGGCCAAGCCAGCCAGAGCUCGGCCCAAGACCUUUAGCCGAAAGAUGAGCCUCAUCGCCGAGGCGGAGAGCGAGACGGCCGCGUUCGCCGCCGACGGCGACGGCCUCGUCUGGACCGCCCCUAUGCCCGACGGCCGUAUCCCGGCGCCGCGCCCGUCCGAGGACGUCUUUCCGCGGCUACCCGACGACGCCAACCCCAUUGACCGGGCCACGUUUGAGCGGCUGGCGCUCGUCUGGGCCGAAGAGGCCGGGCGGUGGACGGAAGAUAUGCAGCGGUCGCUGCUGCACAACCUGCCGCGGGCGCGCGUCACCAAGUCAACGGCCACGUUUUCCAACCACUACAUUUCGCGCACCGUGCGGGUCAGCGGCGUGGUGCCGACCUGGGGUCAGUUUCUCGCGCUGCGCGUCAUGUUUGGCCCUGCGGUGUGCUUCCGCGAGCAGUGGGCGGUCGAGUUUGCGCGUCGCUACCCGCUGGCGCUCGAGGACGCGUACGACGGCGUGGUGCCGGACACGGCGCACGAGGUCCGGAAUAUACUCGACGGCAAGAUUGGCAUGCCGGUGGUGAGCCGCCGCAAGAUUACCAUCAGGGAGCUCGCCAAGGACCGCAAGCGCACGCGCAAGCGUCGCCCAGCGGCGGCGGCAGCGGCGUCCCAGAGCCAGGCCGCUCCGGGCAAGAAAGACGAUGACUGGGCCGAGGAGGAGGAGGCAGAGGUGGUGGUGGGCAUGGUGGCUGGGCGGCAGCCGCCGAAGAAGGACGAGGUGGACGAGGUGGCCGAGGACGCGUGGAACGAGGCGGCGGCGAGCGCGGCGAGCAUGGACCCCAACACCGUCAUCGCCAAGCUGCGCAAGCGCUACUGUGACCAGAUGGCCCAGAUUCAGCGCCUGCGCAAGGACAAUGACGAGAUUCGCAAGUCUUUGGAUGCUUUCAACAACAUGGCGGCCAAGGUCAAGGACGAGUGA